CCUGCGCUCGUCCGUCCCGGCCUCUUCUCCUCCUCGUCCGCCUUCUUCUCCGUCGUCUCUUCAAUGCAGUCUGUUCUGGCCCUCGACGCGCGCGAGGACGACGGCCGUCCGCCCGCCGCUGUGCAGCCGCCUGAUCGCCGCUACAAAUGCUCCUUCUGCGCCCGCGCCUUCUCCCGCUCCGAGCACAAAAACCGUCACGAGCGCUCCCACACAAAAGAGCGCCCCUUCAAAUGCGACCGCUGCCGCAGCACGUUCGUCCGCCGCGACCUCCUCCUCCGUCACGUUCGAACCGUCCACGCCCUCAAACCUUCCGAGAACGGGGCAGACCACAGCCACCACGACGCCGAGCCCGACGCUGACCCCGAACCAGAGCAGGAACAGGACCAGGCUAUAGAGCCCAGCAACGACAGCGUCGUCAGCGCAGGCAGCAAUAACGAUGCGGUCUAUCUCGAGCAGCAUCAACAACAACACCAACAGCCCCUACAGCAGCAGCAGAUUGACUCCUACAAGACCAACGGCACCUCUCUCCACGAUACUCUCAACUCCAACAUGCAUGAAGAUACUCCCGAGAUAUCAGCAGCAAUGCUCAUGACCCGUCUCGCCCAUCCCCCGCAAUGGGGCGAGCAGCCUCGCGAGCAGCUGCCGCCGCCGCCGCCCGCCGCAGUCGCUCCCGCUCCCGCUCCCCCUGUCGAAGGAGAUCUGCACCUGCUCCUGCGAGAGACCCUUCUUUCUCUUGAUCCGUCGGGCGCUGUGCUCGCAGACACUCUGCUGCCAACCCACAACGACCUCGCCGGCCACAUCUCGACCUACUUCUGCAUCCACCAUCCCUUCCAUCCGUUCAUCCAUCUCCCAACCUUCGUCCCACACAACACCCCGAGACCCUUGCUACUAGCUAUUGUUUCUCUUGGAGCCCUACCUUCCGCUAAAGAAAUCGCAUCCCGUCUUCAUGUCGCAUCAAAAAUGAUGGUCAACUCCCGCAUCGACACCGACGGCUUCUCCUCCCGCUCCGCCCCGCUCUGGGUCUCCCAGACCGUGCUCCUCAACACCGCUUUCGCGGCCUGGUCCGGAGACCCGCGCGGACUUGAGUUUGCAUGCUCGGUCAAGAGUUUCCUUGCAAAUCUUGCUGCCGGCCUGCGCUUCGAGUUAUUCCGCCGCUCGCCGAAGCCGCCAAUCACAAAUUCGGCCUCCGAGGACGACGAGUGGAUAAAGCUCGAAGCCAUGCGCCGGACAUAUUUUGCCAUCUACGCUUUCUUUGCUCAACUCACCGCCGUCUUCAACUUCCCGCCUUCUAUCCCAAACUCCGAACCCGCAAACGUUACUCUGCCGUGCGACGAAGAGGUCUGGAACGGCACCACCGCUGUGCCGUCUACCCCCGUGUCGACCUUCCGCGCAGGGCUCGACCACGUUCUCAACGGUCAGCCGCUGCGCUGUUCACCUUUUGCGAGCCGCGUGCUUGCGUCGGCGAUGUUUAUAGAGUGCUGGGCAGCUACGUCGGCCGGGUUGUUGUUCACUCCCCGUCUCGAUCAGCUCGAUAGUCUACUCUCGUCAUACAUCCGUGUCGUCCGCACUGAUUCGACCGGUUGUCUUUUGCGGGCCGCUGAAGCUACCUGGAAGCUUGCGCGGAUGCGGAUAGUGGGAGUUGACCUUAGCCUUGUCGCUGAGUCUUUGCGGUACCACGACGUCGGUGAGCUCGUCCAUAUCCUCCGAGGUAUCAGUUCCCAAUUCUCCCGCCUGCCGCGCACGCAUCCCGCUAUCAGCACCGCUGCGGCGCCUGAUCGACUCGCGCUUGCAGCCGAGAUCUCUUGCAGUGUACUAUUCACGGACUCUGCGCAGGCACCGCAGGGAGCCGGCGGGAUUGACGACAUUGUGGUCGAGUGGGAAUGCGCUUUGUUUCUAAUGAUCUGGGUCCGUCGGCUCGAGCACGACAUGGGCGUCACGCAGCACUCUACCGGGCUCUACUCGCGCGCCCCGCCGGAACGAGAGCUCGAGGUUCUUCAGCACAUCCGCUCGUUCCAAGCCGAAGACAGAAGGCGGUAUCCGCGCGAGAAAGUUGAUCCGGACGAGCGACUUUCUGUUUUUGUUGGGUCAUGGUGGUCGCGGCAUGGUGCUGCGAACGUGCUUGGCGGAUGGGGGAUACGGUCGAUUCUUAGAGAGGCAGUUGGGUCGUAUGCUGAUCUUAUCCGGGCAGAGUUUUCCGGGUAGGUGUAUGUAUGUUUACGUGUUUAAAUGAGUGUGCUGAUGUCUAUCCCCGGUGAUGAUCUCUACAGCAGUUGUUAUCCUUGUCUUGCAAGUUAUCGGUUAUGUUUCCGUUUUUGUAUUCUGUCCUCGGUUUCGGCAUGGAGUCUAGUCUCAUAUUUGUUUUGUCUUUCCGUUUUUCUUCGUGCAGUUUUCGUGCAAGUUUAUUAUUCUACGAUGUUGUAUAUUAGCACAGAUAAAAAAAGCAUUGUAUAUUUUUA